AGGGCAUGGAUGUGUUAUGGUCAACUAUAUGUACGACUCUACCACUGAGUGUACUCCUAUUUUACUUCUUAUAAUACAGAUGUUUUUAUCAUCAGAGAAGGGCAUAUUCUACAUCAGGUAGUUUCUGCAGUUACUGAAGGCGUAUGCGGUUGACAGGGCCUCUUUCUUAAUCUCAUGUGGUGCUCAGACUUUUAUCAAAAGAGUUCAGGCACGACCAGCAGGCGAGAUCUGUCGAGAACCGGAGCUGAAUUUUGGUGUGAAUGUUUAUUUUAAAUGACUCUGUAGAUUGUGAGAGUCUGUCCGGCAUGAGAACGAGGCGGACUGUUCCGGACUGCUUCCUCUUCUGGCGCUUAGGUGCUAGAGAUGUCUGGUGUAGAAUUUGGCUGCAGUAUCAGGUGAAGGGGGGCGAGACCUGGGGGGACAGAGGGGGCUGUGCCCACGCUACCAGGAAGCUGCAACUCUGGGCAAGACUUGUUAGUGUUCUUGGUAGCAGAAACCCAAGCUGAGCAGAGAAUAGCAUAGUAUUUAACGGGCUAGUGUUUUGUGAUCUGGUGCCAGGAUUCAUCCACAGACAGUUCUGUUGCAUCUUGUCAAUGGUAGAACAAGGGGAAUACAAGAACAGAUCUACUUAUCCAUUACUAUACUCAAACUGGUUAAAGCAAAAACCAAAGUCAUGGAGUGCAGAGUUAUGAGGGUUUAAAUUGAUCCAGGUGCCCCCGCCUCAUGGAGAAGGUUGGCAAGGUGUGGAGCAACCUUAAGAGGGGAUGCCAAUCUUUGCUCCACACAGAUGGGGGUUCUCGAAUUGAAACGCCACCACCACAGCUUCAACCACAAAGAGAGACAGUCUGCAAGAGUGUGGACAAGGCCCAGGGAGACAUCACACUGGAGGCUGCUAGUCCCUCUAGUAGUGUGGAGGCACUCCCUCUGGUGGCAUGGAGGACCGGUGGGAGUGUGACACGACAGGGCCAUAACUGUGUAGUGGAUGUACCCCAGAUACUGGAGAUCACAGUAGAGCAGGAUACCGAAGAUGCUCGUGUUCCUAUGGGUGCCCGCAGAGACUCUUACACACGUCAUGCACCUUGGAGUGGAAAGAAGAGACACUCAUGUUCCACUAAGGCUCAGAGUUCUCUGGAGACCACUGAUCGGCGAUCAGGCCGGUCUCGUCGCAGACAUGGGACUGGUAGCAGCCAUGAGGAGCUGGAGUCAGGGGGAACACGCUCUCUACGACAGCAGAUUCAUGAUACAGUGGGCCUGUGCCUCCCACUGCGCUCAUCCUCUCGGAACAGUCACCUUCCACCACCCAAACGUAAGAUACAAAUCACAGAGCUGAUGCUGGAGACAUGCCCCUUCGCACCAGGAUCAGACCUUGCCCGAAAAUGGCACCUCAUUAAACAGCACACAGCACCAGUCCCAGUGUCACCAGUAGAUUCAUCCUCAGGUGCUUGCGGUGCUAUCUGUGCAUCGCCAGAAGAUGAGGAGGAGCGUUUGAGAGAGAGGAGACGACUCAGCAUCGAGGAGGGUGUUGACCCACCUCCAGAUGCCCAAAUCCACACAGUGGAGGCUGCCACAGCCCCUCUUGUUUCCCUUUAUAAACUGGGACCUAAGUUGGCCCCUGGAAUUGGUGAGGCCCUAGGCGAUAGCCGGGGGGCAACAGCAGCUAGCUGUGAUUCUGAGGACGACGAUACCACCACUCUUUGCUUGCAAGCUCGCAGGCCCAAGCAGCGACAUGCUUCGGCAGAGGGCCACCUGAGCAGCAAGCAACAGGGGCCUUGGAAGGUACACACUCAGAUUGACUACAUCCACUGCUUGGUUCCAGAUCUGCUACAGAUCACAGCACUUUCCUGCUACUGGGGUGUGAUGGACCGUUAUGAGGCUGAAGCGCUGCUGGAUGGUCGGCCCGAGGGAACCUUUCUCCUGCGAGACUCGGCUCAGGAAGACUACCUAUUUUCCGUUAGCUUCCGCCGCUAUGGCCGUUCACUGCACGCACGCAUUGAGCAGUGGAAUCACAACUUCAGCUUUGAUGCACACGACCCUUGCGUGUUCCAUGCAGCCACCGUCACGGCACUCUUGGAACACUACAAGGACCCUAGCGCUUGCAUGUUCUUUGAGCCAUUGCUCACUGUGCCUCUGCACCGGACCUUCCCAUUUGGCCUGCAAAGUCUGGCUCGAUCAGCCAUUUGUAAUGGGAUCACCUAUGAUGGCAUCGGGGCACUGCCACUGCCCCCUGCUCUGCAGGAUCACCUCAGGGAGUAUCACUAUAAGCAGAGGGUGCGCGUACGCUGGCUUGAGAAGGAGCCAGUCAAGGCCAAGUGAGGCAGGGCAGAUACUUCUCAGCUCUCCAAUAGGAGUAGUCCGUUCAGCACUUUGCAGAGGUGGAGGAAUUACAGUUCUUUUUUUUGGUGGGGAGGGGGGAGAGUGGGGGUUAAGGGGUUGAAAGGAGGGACCUUAAACUGAAACCUAUAUAAGCUUCUAUCAUUUUUUGUUAUCACUCUAACAAACAAAGAAAUCACAUAUACAUUGGCUCUCCAGUGUGCACAUUUCACUACAGCUUCUGGACUCUGGACUUUGAAGAAGCAGCAGAGGUCUUAGUCUCCUUUUUCCUUUCCCUCAGUUCCCAUGGCUGUGGGGGAAUCUGCAGAUACAUAUAUUUUCAUGCCCCUCCACUCUUUCACUGCUCGACUAUGUGGUUUAUAUCCUUUCCAUUUUAUUUGUGUUGUACCAUUCACCUGUUCUUAAUUCCCUUGCAUUAAAUAUGCAUUGUUAAUGUUUAUUCAAAGUAACAUUGCGGACAAAUUUUGAAGGGAGGGGAAAUGAAGGGUGAUGUUAAAAUAUUGCUUUUCCAGGUUCUUUCAUCAUCCUUAGCUUUCAUGGUGCUCUGUCAGUGGUUCCUAUGGUAACAUCCUGCGCUCAUUCCGUUGUUAAAGGAGGAGGCGUUCUAGAGCAGGACACAGAAAGGCUUUCACCUUGCCUAAUUGAGAACGUGAUGGAGAUUUCCAAGAUGGAUUGACCUUACACUGUGUGUCCAGACAGCUUUUGGGAAUGCGUUGCAGUGGAGAGAAGGGUUCUAUGCUGUUCUGCUUCCAGGAAGCUAUAAGGAUGAUGUGCACAACGUGACACGGUGUGAUGUGAGAGUGCUUGGUUUUCAAAAAACAUUACUCACACUCUUCGUUCUGUUGCUGUCAAUGUUUUGUAAUCAUUAAUUCCUACCACUAAUUGCACAGGGAGGGUUGACUUAUUCUGUUUCGUCUUUUUUUGUUGUUGUUUUGAAUGGUCUAUCAGAGACCUGGAAAUAGGGCGCUGGUUGAGAGCACUUUAACUUAACUGUGCUUAUGUAAGUUGGUGAAGCAGAGGCAAUACAUAAACCUGCUACAGUGGGACCAUUGUUUUUUGGCAUAAACAUCCUCCUAUAUAGAUAUAAACAGUCUACUUUUACUUUGUCUAGCCCAUAUUGUUCUGUUUUGAGGUGACCCCAUCAGUGCCAUUGGAUUUGGGAUGAUUUAAUAAUUGAUUAUUUGGAUAAUUCACCCAAAAAGGAAAAUUCUCUCAUUGAUUCCGCAACCUUAAAGACCUCUGUUCAUCUUCAGAGCACCGAUAAAGAUUUUAUUUAAUGAAACCCAAGAGCUUUCCGACCCUACAUAGACCGCAACAAAAACCACUUUCAAGACCCAGAAAGGUAACAAGGACAUCAUUAAAAUAGUCCAUGUGACAUCAGUGGUUCAACCAUAACUUUAUUAAACUGCAAGAAUAUUUGUGUGCAAAGAAAACAAAAACAAUGACUUUACUCCACAAUUUCUUCUUAUCCAUGUCAGUCUUUGACGUGCAUUCACAAGAGUUCACCAUGACGCAUGUGGUGCUGCUGACGCAUAAAAUUGAUUCUCGUAGCUUCAUUAACAUUCAGGUUGAUGAUGUCACAUGCAUUAUUUUAAACAUUGUCCCUACUACCUUUCUGGGCCUUGUGUUGUGUUACUGUCUAUGCAGGGUCAGAAAGCUCUCAGAUUUCAUCCAAAAAUAUCUUUAUUUGUGUUC